ACUUUGCUCAAAUUCUGGCUGGAAGACCGUUGUCGAGAAACACUACUCUCAUGUCUACCAAAACGAGAUCUUGCCAGUUUGAGGCUGGCAUGCCAUGACUUUGGCGUGCGGGCUGCGCCUGCGCUAUUCGCCGACUUGAGCAUCACAUUUUCGACCAACAUUUUCACCAGGCCGUCGAAGCUGGCCGCGCUGGACCGUUUGGGCUUCUAUGUCAAAACUCUUCGAUUCAAUCUUCCACAUUCGGCCGAUACUUUCCUACCUCCUUUGAUUGAACCCGACACCGGCGCUGAGCUGAGCUUCACCUACACACCAAAUCUGCAGGAGGCUUCGACCAGGCGUCCAAAGUAUGGCGACCUUGGCACGACCGAAAUCCUCACACGACAAUAUCCGCCAAUCUUUCACGCAGCGACCAACGUCUCUGCAUUCGUUCGAGCAUUCUCCGCCUUCGUCAACUUGGAACACCUUACUGUCAGCUGUCCCGGGUUUGAUGCUUCCCAACGUUUCAGACGGAGCGCGGUCGACUAUGCUCUCAUUUCUCUUCGCAUCGCGGUCGAGAAGAACUGUCUCAACGCUCUCGAUACGCUGACACUCUCGCCAAUACAUCCUGGCGGACUAAUCUAUCUCGCGCCGCUGCUGGGCUUCGGUGCUUCACCACGCUCUGCGAGCCGAUGGUCCCGCGUUCGCAAUCUGGUCAUUCAUGCGAAUAGUGUUCCUGCAAACCACAGCGACAGCGAGCCCGAUCAGCUCAAACUUCUUCAAACCUACCUCCGUAAUUUUCAACAUAAUCUCGAGACCUUCGACUUUCGCUGGAUUGGUCAGCGAGGCCGAUUGCCUCUGCGGCGUCCAUCACUUUCCGAGCGCCACGGUGAGCACCCAGCUCAUGCGCGAAGGGCAGGAAUAGCAAGGCCAGGCACACAGACACCGUCUUUGGUUUUCCCUAAGAUGAAGUGCGUCAAAAUUGAGAACGUGUCAGCGACAUCGCAUGACAUCAGCACUUUCAUAGCGAUGCACAAGACAACGAUCGAGGAACUGGACCUUGAAGACAUCGAUCUGACGCACGGCACAUGGGACGAUGCCCUGUCACCUUUGACCAAGCGCCCUCUUCGCAACGCAAAACCCGAGUCCGCAGAUAUCCCGAUUAUGCUCUCGCCG